CGUCUGCACAAAGUUGGUAGGAGAAAACCUGUUGUUUUAGCUGGAGACAAAUAUCAGGGAAAGAAGAAGAAGAAGAAAAAGAGGAAGAGAAAAAAAACCCCAAACAUAUCCUCCAGGACAUCAUCAUUAGAGAGAUGGAGCAAACCGAGGUGGUGAAGCCAGAAACUCUGGAUGACCUGAUAAAAAUCCUGCAUAACAUCUUCGAGAGUGACAGCAUCAAUGUUGAGGAGGUCCAAAACAUAAUGGAAUCAUAUGAGAGCAACCCUCAGGAGUGGAUGAAGUAUGCAAAGUUUGACCAGUACAGAUACACUCGGAACUUGGUCGACGAGGGCAAUGGGAAAUUCAAUCUCAUGAUUCUGUGCUGGGGAGAGGGCCACGGCAGUAGCAUCCACGACCACACGGACUCCCACUGUUUCAUGAAGCUGCUGCAGGGUCAGCUGAAGGAGACGCUGUUCGAAUGGCCCGACAAUAAAUCGCACGGAGACAUGGUCCAGAAGUCACAGAGAAUCCUCCAGGAAAACAAGGUCGCUUACAUAAAUGACUCCAUCGGCCUGCAUCGUGUGGAAAAUGUCAGCCACACGGAGUGCGCAGCCAGCUUGCACCUGUACAGCCCCCCUUUCCAAACCUGCCAGACCUUUGACCAGAGGACGGGGCACAAGAACACUGUCAAGAUGACCUUCUGGAGCAAAUAUGGAGAGAGGACUCCAUUUGAGACCACAGUUUCACAAGAGAACAACUAGUCGUCACCAAAGGAAGCUGUGGGUGAUGAAGACAGUUGCAUUUUUUUAAAGAGAAAAAUGACAAUGUGUGUGAAAUGAUUCCAGAGAAACUGCUGGGCAAGCGAAAAUGUGGACCAACUAUGACUAAGCACCCAUUUAAAAAUCAGGAGCGGGCCGGUUCAAAAGGACAACCCAGUAAUUAGAAUGGCUUUAUCGCUGCCCAGUGUGAGCUUGGCAAAUACUGAUGAGCACAGGACGAAUGCAUGAAUAGGCUUGGACAUGGAUAGAAUCUGCCUUUUGUUUGCUGGGCCUGAGGAGACCCUUUUCCAAUAACAACAUUCCUGUCUAUCCACAACCUGCGUAACCACACUUUUUGUCAAGUUAUGGCCGGUAGUCAAAAAAAAAAUUAAAAAAUAGGGCUUUAGCAUUUAAAAAAAGAGAGGAAAAAAGCGGAAAAUAUUGCUGUUGUAGAGUUUCUCUUAAAUUGUGUAUCUCAAGAAAAGAAAGACUGUUCUGCAAUCAAGUUUUGUUAACAGUGGAGCACUUUUAUAGUUGUAUUUACCAUCGAUUUAUACCACUCAAAAUUGUCUUAACACCUGUGAUGAGAUGUAACAUUGUUUGUAUAAUCUGAUUAAAAGAAGUUUGUUCCAUUUGCAUUUGGAGAAGAAAAAGAAAUGUAAAGCUUUAGAGUUGUGUUGUUGUUUUUGUUUUUGUUCUCCUUUUCUUUUCUUUUUUUUUUAAGUGCAAUGGUUGUAAUUUAUUAGCAGGAGUGCUUAGAUCAGCGAGCAACCCUGUUACUCCUGAAUGUGUUCAUACUCAAGUUUUGACCAAGAGACGGACUAUUUUGUAUUAGCAGAAAGUAUGUGGAGGUAAAUAAAGCUCAUACUUCUUUUUUGUCAGGAGGAUUCUGGCAAAUUUUUAAUUGUGGCUCUAUUUAUAUAGUGUGCAGUUUGGACGGCUAGCACCUCUUGCAGCACUGUCAAAUGCAUGCAUGAUUCCUGUGAUGCAGUAAAUAUAAAUCUGGCCAUAUCUAGACCAUUAAACACCAUUAUACUUUCACAGAA